GUCUCCAUGAGCUGAUGCCACACGUCCCCAUGUGCAGGAUCCCAACGAGAACCCUGUGGCGGAGUGGCGAGAGGUGAGCCUGCAGCAGGGCAUCGUGGACCUGUCCUUCUCGCUGGGUGCAGAGCCGGCCCUGGGCACCUACACCAUCAGCAUGGAGGGCAGCUCUCACCAAUUCACUGUGAAGGACUCCGGACAGUCCAACUUUGAAGUGCUGAUCCGGCUGCCCCGCUUUGUGACGGAAAAGGAUGAGAAGAUCCCACUGGACGUCUGUGGGCUGUACCCAUCAGGGAAAACCUUCCGAGGCAGAGCUGAGGCCAGCCUGUGCCAGUUCUACAGCUUUGGUGCUGUCCUGAACGCACCUGCGAUGACCUGUGCUGAGCUUAGGGGUCAGACCGGGAGGAACGGCUGCUUCUCCACCGAGGUGCCAGCCACUUCCUUCAACCUGACCAGCCUGGACUACGAGGAUCAGCUCCACGCUUUUGUGUCGCUGCUGGAGGAGGGCACUGGGAUGCAGCGCACAGCCAGAAAGAGCUGUAUGAUUGUGGAUGAAGAGAUCAUCAUCGUGUUUGAAAGCAGUGAUGAAUUCUACAAGCCUGGGGUCCCCUACACUGGGACGAUGCUGCUGAAGGGACUUAACGGCUCUGCCCUAACAGAGAAGGAGCUCCUGGUGGUGGUUAAUGCUGAAGAAAUCCAAACUAAAACCCUGCUCACAGAUGGGUCGGGGAGAGCCUCCUUCGAGCUGGACACCUCUGGUUGGAAGGACAGGGUCUCCAUGCAUGGUGAGGUCAAAACUGCAGCCUCUGAGGAUGAAAACCUGGAGCAUCGCAGCUACAAAAGUGCUCCUCGCCACGCGUAUGCCGUCUCUGUGGGUACCACAAGUUUCCUGAAGAUACACAGGGUGAAAAAGGAGCUGCCCUGCGGCCAGCCCCUGCAGCUCAGCGUGGAUUACGUGUUUGAUGAGAAGGCCAUGGGGAGCAAGCAGCAGAGCCUGGAUGUGGUCUUACUGGUCCUGGCCAAGGGGACCAUCGCCACCGUGCUCAGGAAGGAGCUGCCUGCAGAUGCCGGGCUCAGCGGCUCCUUCUCCCUGGAGCUGCCCAUCGGCCUCGAGCUGGUGCCCGCAGCCAAGGUGCUGGGCUACGUGGUGCUGCCCAGCAGCGAGGUGGUGGCCGACAGCACCGAGCUCAAGGUGGCCAAGUGCUUCCCCAGCGAGGUGAACCUGUCCUUCUCGGAGCAGAGGGCUGUGGUGGGCUCCCAGCUCCACAUGAAGGUGCAGGCUGCCCCGGGGUCACUCUGUGCUAUCUAUGGCGUGGAUCAACGUGGACAGUCCUCCAGCAGCAAGGGCAAGCUCAACCCCGACGUGGUCUAUAACUCACUUCCAAUACCUUCUGGAUCCACCUAUUCUUUUGAACUUGAAGAAUUUACUUCAUCUCAGGAGCUGAGGUGUGGGUAUGGAGGCCAAAUUCUCUUCCUUCCAUCCAUUAACUGUUAUGAUGUGCCAGGGAAGAGGAGGACCUGCCGCCGCCGACCGAGGAGCUGGCAGGUCCUGCAGCCUGACGCUCAGCCAGGCUCCUAUAGCCUGUUUGAGGGUGCAAUGGGGAGGAUCUGUAACAGCCUCAGUGCUGGCUGCAGAAUAAUGGCCGGAGGCAUCCUGCCUCUUCCCAUCCUUCCUGGCAGCACGUUCAAGUCACGCCUGUUUGCAGGUCCAGAGCUGGAGGCUGAUCCUCUGGCAGAUGUCCUGAAGGACCCGGGGAUGCAGAUGGGUUUCCUGGAAACGUGGCUGUGGGAGCUGGUGCCUGUGGGGGACCAUGGCUCUGCGGAGGUGACGGUGCCGGUGCCCAAUAUCACCACUGAGUGGGAAGUGGGGAUGCUCUGUACAUCCCCUCUGGGCUUGGGGCUGGCCCCUGCCACCACCAUCACAACCUUCAAGCCCUUCUUCGUGGAGCUGGCGCUGCCCUACGCCGUGGUCCAGCACGAAGCCUUCACCCUCGUGGCCACUGUCUUCAACCUCCUGCAUCACUGCCUGAGGGUCCAGGUGGUGCUGAUGGAGUCAGUGGAGCUGGAGGUGCUGGCUGGCUCGGAUGAGGUGAACGGUGGUUGUGUGUGUGCAGAUGAAACAAGGACCUUCCAGUGGGAUGUGAGAGCCACCAGCAUGGGGGAGGUGAACACCACCGUCAUCGCCAGGGCCCUGCAAUCUGAGGAGCUCUGCGGCACCGAGGUGCCCGUGGUGCCAGCCCAUGGGCACAUAGACACCGAGACAAAGCUUCUUAUGGUGCAGCCUCCAAGACUGAUGUGAAGGAAAACUGCAGCUGUGUGGCUCUCCCCCUGCUCCUGACUCCAUCCUAUCCCACCUGACAGCCGAGG